AGACAUUCGAUGGCCGAAUAUUAUUCGCCAUUAUGACGAAUAUCAAAGAUUUAUUUUAAUCGACUUUGACUAUGCUACCUAUUCUCCCUCUGAUGAACCUUUAUAUGAAUUUUCUGAAAGUAAUCAUGCUCCUGAAAUGCUAGAUAAAGGGCAUAAUUUUAAGGUUGAUAUAUGGGGCGUUAAAAACUUAAUUAGUUCGUGUAAUAUCAUAGGUGUUCCUCCAGAACUUUCAAGCUUCAGCACAGAUUUGUGUAAAAGUAAUCCAAAUGAACGACCAUUCACUUCGGUUGCUCUCGAUCGG